AGUUGUCGCGAUCGGGUUCGUCGCUGACUUUUUGUUAGUUGUUGAUAUUUUAAACAACUCAUUUAAAUGUUCAGUAGUGAGACGGGCGUCAAGAUGAAAGCAGCUGCCAAGUUCGGUCUCAGUUUCCUAGUGUUGCUCAGUGUUGUGCUCGGUUUAUCCGAGGCACAGAGCCAGCUAAGACGACAGUACGAGUCCAGCCGAACUCGCAACCCGGCCGCCGUCCGGGAACGGGCACCGCCCAUCAAAGCGAUUUCACGCGAACCGACCAAGGCCGCGGCCACGGCCGCUUCCGAGGAAACCGACGCCGAGCUGUCCGAGAACUGCCCGGAACCGAACGGGUACUUUGCCGACGCCGAGCAGUGUGACAAGUAUUACGCGUGCCGCGAUGGCCAAAUCACCGAGAAGCUGUGCCCCGACGGGAUGGUGUUCAACGAUUACGACCUGGAGCAGGAAAAGUGCGACCUGCCGUACAACAUCGACUGCAGCAAGCGGCCCAAGUUGCAAACUCCCCAGCCCACGCCCAACUGCCCCCGGCUGAACGGCUACUACGGCAGCCAGACGGGCGCGUGCGACAAGUUCUACUACUGCGUCGACGGCAAGUUCAACAUGAUCACCUGCCCCGCCGGGUUGGUGUUCAACCCGAAGACCGGCAUCUGCACAUGGCCGGACGAGGCCGGCAAGUCGGGCUGCACCUCCGAGGACGUGUUCUCCUUUUCGUGCCCCAAGGUGAACGAAUCGAUUGCGGUGACGCACCCACGGUACGCCGACCCGGACGACUGCCAGUUCUUCUACGUGUGCAUCAACGGCGAUAUUCCGCGGCGUAACGGGUGCAAGCUGGGCCAGGUGUUCGACGACAGUGGCAAGCACUGCGAGUGGGCCCGCAAGGUGCCGGAAUGUGCCGACUGGUACAAGGACCGCCUGACGGACAAACAGCUGGAAGAGCUGGAGAACCCACCAACGACCAAGGCUCCUGCGCCGAAGGGACCAACCAAAGUGUCACGCCGACGUCCGUCCAAGCGGCCUAAACAACCGGUUGAAGACGAGGAGUAAGGGAGUAGCUGUGUAAAGAUAUGUUUUGUGUAAAAAGUAUUUCAUUAUCUUUCAGUCGAAUGUCCUGAAACACAAUACUCAGCCAAAAUUUCGAUUCAAUUUCUAGCACUGUAAUUUAUUGUUUUCUAUGACUUCUUGUAGAAGAUAUAUGUUUAAUAAACAUCCAUAAUAAAUUAUGUCCUAAAACCAAA